AUGAUCUACACUUACAUCGUGGGACCGUCAGCCCAGCUUGAGUACGCUUUUGACAUCCAUGGCAUCAUUCAAAUCGGCUUCUUCGAGCCUGGGCAAUCCGAAGAUCUCGAAAGUUUAUCCAUGUUUGGCGAAAGUUGUCAAAUUCAACCCAGAUCCUGGGCUAUGGACCCAGCAUACUUUGGAACCGAUGUAGCAAAAGAGCUAGCGGAAGCUUACUAUGCUUUGAAUCGUUUUGCACUUACCUCGGAGGAGUUUUUAUAUCCAUUUCUGACCUUCGACCCGUUGGUCCUAGGUAUAAGGCCCUACGAGCAUAUCCGGCGCCUUGACCUUACGCUCGAUUUCGAGGAUCCCCGUGACGUAAACUUUGCCAGUGUCGCAACUCACCUACAAGCUCUACAACUCAUCCCUGAAAAGCGGCGCAAGAUGGACAUACACGUCAAUCUCACCACGUCUUUUAAACCAUAUCACAACACCAAAUUCUGGUAUUCAGUUGGAGCCGAGCGCAUCAUGCUCAAUAUCCUCGAGUUACUCAGAUGGCCCGUAUACGACUUACUGCACAAGGGACAUGCGAUCCAGGUUCUCCAUGAAAACUUGGAUGGACGGGACAGGACAAGUUUGCAAAUCCCACAGAGGAAUCUAACAAGUUAUUGCUCUUCAAAUUCAAAGAUGUGUCACAAGGCUGACUUCUUCUACAUGACCAAAGAGGAGUGGCUCAAGGUAAAUUGUGUUACUUUCUCGUUCUCUCCUCACUAA